AUGUCACCGGCAAUGGUGUUGGAAGUUCAAACUAGUUACAAAGAAGAAGAGCUAGUAGAAAGUCACGAGUACCAUAAGGGAGUGAAGCAUCUACGUGAGAGAGGAAUCACAAAAGUGCCUAGAAAAUACAUAUUGCCGGCACUGGACCGCCCUAUUUUACCAAAAAAAGAUGGUUCUACGUCUAAUAGUCUCAAGCUACCAAUAAUCGAUUUCGCUCAGCUGCAAGGUCCAGGUCCAGAUAGAAUUCAUGCUCUCAGAUCCCUUUCAAAGGCCUGCGAAGAAUAUGGUUUUUUUCAGCUGAUAAAUCAUGGCAUUGCAAGUGAUUACAUCCUCAACAUGAUUGAAGGAGGAAGGAAGUUCUUCGAGCUUCCUUUCGAGGAGAGAUCGAAGUACAUGUCAAAAGAUCAGAGUGUACCAUUUAGAUAUGGAACAAGUUUUAACCAGAACAAGGAUAGUGUGUUUUGCUGGAGAGAUUUUAUAAAACUUAAUUGUCAUCCCCUCUCAGAUGUUCUUCCUUAUUGGCCUUCUUCUCCUAUGGAGCUAAGGUGA